CUGGAGGACAGUCAUUCUUUGGUGCACACAUGAACGCAGCCAUCCAUGUCCUGAUGUAUCUGUACUAUGGGCUGGCCUCCUUUGGACCCAAGAUCCAGAAGUACCUGUGGUGGAAGAAGUACCUGACUGUCAUACAGAUGGUCCAGUUCCAUGUCACCAUCGGCCACACUGCUCUGUCCCUCUACAUGGACUGUGAGUUCCCCCACUGGAUGCACUAUGCCCUUAUCUGCUACGCCCUCACCUUCAUCGCCCUGUUCGGUAACUUCUACUACCAGACGUACCGCCGCACGCCGCGCCAACCCAGGGAGCCCAAGGCCGCCAAGGCUCUGUCUAACAACGGGGUCUCCAACGGGCUGUUCAAGGGACUGGGGAACGGAGCGGGGGUGGGGGUGGUGGUGGGGGGCAAGGUGGAGGUAAAGGAGAGGUCAUCGGGGGUAGACAACGGGAAUGGAAGGAGAAAGAGGAAGGGGAGGGCCAAGAGGGAUUAG